GUUUGUUUUUAAGAAGAUACAACCUUGUGAGUUGUGAUUGGAGAGGGUUAUCUUUGAUCAACAAAAUUCUUUUAACUUGAGUCUCAUUAGUUAUCUUGAUCAAACUAUUUAGAAGAUGGAUAAGUUAAAAAAAUCUUGUCCAGGUCCUUCAACAACUCAUGGCAGAUGUCAAAGCUCCGUUGUGAGUAUAUACAGAGAUUACAUACUUGUUACAUUUCAGCAGAGUCAACACUCAACCUUGUGAUUCUCUCACUCCAUCGCCAUCAAAGCUGCUCAAUAUCUCAAUCGCUUCACUUUCUGCAACUUUCCUCUCCUCUCUGCCUCUCACCCGAUGUCGUCCACAGCCUCUUCCUCCAAAACUGACGACGCUGAAGCUCUACGCCGUCAUCGUAUUCUUUCUAGCCACCUAUAUUACGAUGUGCCUCCUUCUAAGGUUCCGUUGAUAUACUCGCCAUCCUACGACAUUGCUUUUUUCGGGAUUGAAAAACUGCAUCCAUUUGACUCUUCGAAAUGGGGUCGAAUCUGUCGGUUUCUCACUAAGGAAGGUAUCAUGGACCAAAAGCAUGUAGUUGAGCCUGUGGAGGCAACAAAAGAUGAUCUGCUAGUGGUGCAUUCUGAGUCAUACCUGAAAAGUUUGAACAGCAGCUUGAAUGUCUCCAUGAUUGUUGAGGUCCCUCCUGUUGCGAUGCUUCCUAAUUGCCUUGUGCAAAAGAAAGUGCUUCACCCAUUCCGCAAGCAGGUGGGAGGAACAAUUUUGGCUGCAAAGCUUGCAAAAGAACGAGGAUGGGCUAUUAAUGUUGGUGGUGGAUUCCAUCAUUGCUCAUCAGAGAAGGGAGGCGGUUUUUGUGUUUAUGCUGAUAUAUCUCUUUGUAUACAUUUUGCAUUUGUGCGUCUAAAUAUCUCAAGAGUCAUGAUAAUUGACCUUGAUGCACACCAAGGAAACGGCCAUGAAAUGGACUUCUCUGAUGACAAAAGAGUCUUUAUCCUUGAUAUGUACAAUCCCGGAAUUUAUCCACUUGAUUUUGAAGCCAGGCGUUACAUUGAUCUAGGAGUCGAAGUUAAGAGUGGGACUGCGACAGAUGAAUACUUAACUAAGCUAGAUCAUGCACUGGAGGUUGCAGAGAAGAAAUUUGAUCCUGAUUUCAUUGUUUAUAAUGCUGGUACUGAUAUCUUGGAUGGGGAUCCACUUGGCAGGUUGAAGAUCAGUCCUGAUGGCAUUGCUAGUAGGGAUGAAAAAGUUUUCAGGUUUGCUCGAGAGAGAAACAUCCCCCUCAUCAUGCUCACAUCAGGCGGUUACAUGAAAUCCAGUGCCAAAGUUAUUGCUGAUUCCAUCGUAAAUCUCUCUAAUAAAUCCCUGAUAAAUAUGAAGAGCUUACUAACUGGACAAGCAUUGUAGGUGAAUGUCCUUGCAUUGCUACUUCAAAAGGCCUGAAAUUGACCUAUGUGGUAAAGUCAUGAUUGCUCAUUUGUGUUGUAAGGAAAUAGAUUAAUUUCCCUUGAUAGUGAAUGCUUGUAUUAUAAGCUAUUGGGAUGCUAGAGAUGGGAAAAGCGAGAUGAACUUGUGAAGAUUUGUGUACCUUAAUGCAUUUAGGGAAGAAUGUAAAUUGUGUAAGUGCUAGUUCAUGUAUGAAGCAACUCAUGUAGGCUUGAAAUCAUUGAUACAUCAGGAUAUGGUCUCUGCUAUAAUGGAUUGUGAUGCAGGAAGGAGCAUAAUUCAAAGUUAUGGCUCAAUCUUGGCAAUAGAUUGAAACCUGUUUGUGCGUUGUUGUGCUUAUAUUGAUUAUUUACACAGUUGUGCAAUCAAGUUGUUGUUGUUCCUCCUGUAGUCCUAUAUCAUGUUUUCAGCAGCCCAUUUGAUGUUAAGUCAUAUCCAGAGACUUCAUUUA